GGAUAUUCUAAGCUUUCUGAGAGCUUUGGUUAACUUUUUUGCUUUUUUGGUGUCUGUGAUCUCUAACAUGUUUUUGAACACAUGGAGAGAAGAUAUUACUCACAUUGCUGAAGUACAGAGUCCAGUUGUACUAAGCUUUUUGCUAAGCUCUUUCAACCCAGAAUGGAUGUAGAAUCCAGAGGAGUUUCAACUGUGGUAUCUCAGGAUCCUCAGGAAGAAGAACUAAUACUAGUAAAAGUAGAAGAUGAGGGUGUUUCCUGGGAUGAGACAUUUAAACAGAACGGGAGUACCCAAUCCUGCCAAGAAUUAUUUCGCCAACAAUUCAGAAAGUUUUGCUACCAGGAGACACCUGGACCUCGGGAGGCUCUGGGCCGGCUCCAGGAGCUUUGCUAUCAGUGGCUAAUGCCCGAGUUGCACACAAAGGAGCAGAUCCUUGAACUGCUGGUGCUGGAGCAGUUUCUAAGCAUCCUGCCUGAGGAGCUGCAGGUCUGGGUUCAGCAGCAUAAUCCAAAAAGCGGCGAGGAAGCUGUGAUCCUGCUGGAGGACUUGGAGAGGGAGUUUGAUGAUCCAGGGCAGCAGGACCUAGCUAGUCCACAGGGACCAGCAGUGCCGUGGAAGGAUUUAACAUAUCUUGGCGCAUCCCAGGAAUCAACAAACAUCCAACUCCAGCCCUUAAAGACACAGCUGAAAUCCUGGAAACCUUGCCUUUCCUCCAGAAGUGAUUGUGAGAACAAUGAAACAGCAAGAAAGGAGGACAUUUCAGGAGAGAAAUCACAGGGCCUCUCUCAGGAACCUUCAUUUGGAGGAGUUAGUGAGCAUGAAAGCAAUUUACAGUGGAAGCAAGGAAGUGCCAUGGGGGAAAAAUUAAGAAGAUCCUCUUCCCAAGGGAGCAGUUUUAGUCAAGUGAUCUUCACACACAAAUCUCUAGGAAAGAGAGGCCAUUAUUUUGAUCCUGAAAGAUGCUUGAUUCUAACUACAAACUCUAUUAUGUGUCAGAAAGUUCCUCCAGAAGAGAGACCUUUUAGAUGUGAUGUAUGUGGGCACAGCUUCAAGCAGCAUUCCUCUCUAACACAGCAUCAGAGAAUCCAUACUGGAGAAAAGCCCUAUAAGUGUAACCAGUGCGGGAAGGCCUUUAGUUUGAGGUCAUAUCUUAUUAUUCAUCAGAGGAUUCAUAGUGGUGAGAAGGCAUAUGAAUGUAGUGAAUGUGGGAAAGCCUUCAAUCAGAGCUCAGCCCUUAUCAGACAUCGAAAAAUCCAUACUGGUGAGAAAGCUUGUAAAUGUAAUGAGUGUGGCAAAGCAUUCAGUCAGAGUUCAUAUCUCAUUAUACAUCAAAGAAUUCACACUGGUGAGAAACCUUAUGAGUGCAAUGAGUGUGGGAAAACCUUUAGUCAGAGCUCAAAACUUAUUAGACAUCAACGAAUUCAUACAGGAGAGAGACCCUAUGAAUGUAACGAAUGUGGAAAAGCCUUCAGGCAGAGCUCAGAACUGAUUACUCAUCAGAGAAUACACAGUGGAGAGAAACCCUAUGAAUGUAAUGAAUGUGGGAAAGCCUUCAGUUUGAGCUCAAACCUUAUCAGACAUCAGAGAAUUCAUAGUGGAGAAGAACCUUAUCAGUGUAAUGAAUGUGGCAAGACCUUCAAAAGAAGCUCAGCCCUUGUUCAGCAUCAGAGAAUUCAUUCUGGGGAUGAAGCUUAUAUAUGCAAUGAAUGUGGGAAGGCUUUCAGGCACAGGUCAGUUCUUAUGCGCCAUCAGAGAGUCCACACUAUGAAGUAACUUGUGAAUACAAUGGAUACUAUAAAUACUUCAGUCACAUUUUUAUCUUUGUUAGUCAAAAGAAUUUACUUUGGGGCAAGACUACAUAAAAGUUGUAAACUACGAGAUCUUGAGUCAGUCUAACUUGCUUUGUGCGGCACUUUCCAAUGCUAGUGUAAAUUGUCCCUGAAAGCUUUUCCUGUGACUAAUCAGAAACGAAGAUGGGAAUCAUUACUUUGAGCUUUUUUCUUAUCAUUAGAAAUACUCAGGAAAUACAAAAAAUAGGAAUGUAACAUUGAAACCUUGUUUUCUAUGAGAAUGUCAUGAAAGCCUAUAGCGACCCAGGAUCUGUCACUGCAUCUGAUCGUCAGUUGCCAGGAUGGGGGAGGGUGUGGGCAACAUGAAGGAUUUUUUCUCAGGAACU